AUGCGCCAGGAGGUUAUCCUCAUCUCGCCCAUUCUGCGGUUCCACGAAACGCGUAUGCUGCUCGCGCGUCCGAGGCUCCUGUUGUCCCUCAAACCCCUUCUACGCAUACACCCAUCCCCUCCCGCGAAGAGACUAGCCACGAUGCCACCGAAACGUAAAGCGAGCAUACCCGCUAAUGCGGCAUCCGCGAAGAACUACACCGACGUAUCCGGCGACGCCCCCAACAAGCGUUCGCGCAUCGCGAAACCUCUUCCGAAAGCCACUACGAGCGAUGCGCCUCCCGUAGACUCGAUAGCGAAGAACACCGAGAAUGGAGCGCCUGGAGGAGCAGUGAAGAAGGAGGAAGAAGGCUUCGAUCAUUCGAGGCCAGAGGAGAGAGCCGGCAUAGUCGAUCGACGAUACUAUCCUGCUGAGAUGAGCAAUGAACGAUGCGCGUUGUAUAAUCAGAAUGAGGUACCGCGCCCGAUCGAGAUUCUGAACAAGACGUUGGAGAGUACAAAGGACAAACGAAAAGCUAUCAGAGAAGGGAAGAAAGCGCAACAUGGCGACGCGGUGGUACACUGGUUCAAGAGGGAUCUGCGGAUAGGAGAUAAUACUGGCUUGUCUCAAGCAGCAGAAUUGGCGGAGAAGAAGGGAGUGGGUCUGAUAGGCGUUUGGUUUAUGAGCCCGCAAGACUGGGAGGCUCAUCUGGUCAGCCCGCCAAAGUGUCAUUUCGAAUUGCGCUCUGUGGAGACACUCAAGAAGGAACUCGCAGAACUGAACAUCCCCCUCUAUGUCGAAACGAUUCCCGAGCGAAAGAACGUGACAAAGCGGUUGGUGGAGUUGGCAGAAGAAUGGAACGCGAAGAACGUCUUCUGCAACCUGGAAUACGAACCUGACGAGCUUCGGCGGGAGGGGCGCUUGGUACGCAUGAUGCUGGAAAAGGGUAUCAACUUCGAGCCGCAUCACGACGACUGCGUGGUACCACCUGGUAGUCUCAAGACAGGAGGUGGAAAGCAAUAUGCGAUGUACAGCCCUUGGUUCCGAUCAUGGGUUGCACAUCUGCAUGAGCAUCCACAUCUCCUGAACGAACGCCCUGCGCCCGAGCGAAACCCACCAGCCUUCCGCAAGAAAUUCACUCAGCUCUUCGACACGAAAAUCCCCGAUCUACCAGAGUGCAAAGCGAUGACGGCAGAAGAGAAGGAACGAUUUCAGCAACUGUGGCCCGCGGGUGAGGCCGCCGCUAUGGAUCGCCUUGAGCGCUUCUUGGAAGAAAAGGUGGUAAAAUACCAGGACACGCGCAACUUUCCCGCGAUGAACAGCACCGCGCGCGUGAGCGUGCAUCACGCUGCUGGCACGCUGGCGGCACGAACCAGUAUACGCAUGGCUCGAGACGUCAACAGCGCGAAGAGGCUCGACGGAGGAAAGGACGGCGUCAAAGGCUGGAUGUCAGAAGUCGCUUGGCGGGACUUUUAUCGGCAUGUGCUUGUACACUGGCCCUACGUUUGGUAUUCACAACUAUCCCAUUGCUUACCAUGA